AUGAGCAAAUCCUCAACAGCAUCAAACUCGAAACUUCCUCCGCAGCUCCCGCAAAAGUCGGCUUGGGCCCGCGGUCCUCCACCCACAACCACAUCGCGCUCGCAAUCUCCCGCGCCUUCCACGCCCACCACGCCCAACGCCCCCGGUCCCGCUGUACAUGGCACACACUCUCGCCGUCCCAGCACUCUUGGCCAGGGAGCAUCCGUAAAGGAGGGCGUCUCCAUACCCCGCAAUGCACCUGCCGCCGCUAAAGCAGGCGGUUCAGGCGUCACAUUCGGCUCGAUAGAUAACGCUGGCGCGCCUAUCUCCUCUUCCCCGGCAACGGCGCCGGCCGUGAAGAGUGGCGACGUUACCAAAUUUGGCAGUGUGUCUGUCAACGGCGAGGCGGCAAAGUCGGUCAUCACAAGCCGGUCCCAAGCGCCGUCGGCAUCUUCUUCAACUGCCGCCUCCACGGCAUCAACGCCCGCGACCACAGCGCCGACCUCCACGCCCUCGCCGGCGCCAAAGUUGAAUAAAAGGGACAUUUCGAAGCUCUUCCAGGGCCCGUCCGUCACCGCUGCGGCACAUACAUCGACGCCGUCGCCCGCAGAAUCGACUGCAUCUCCCGCCAGCCGCCAGUCGGGUCUGCCGCACGUGAAUGCGCCGCCAUUCGUGCCGCCGCCUUUCACACCUGGAGGCGGCCUUCGCACGGGUUCGAAUGGGACACCCCCUGGCGGACCUCCUCGUUCGCCGUCUUAUUCGCGGCCGCCUAUGGCCAAUGGUCAAAAUGGGAAUGUUCCCGGCAGACCGCCUAGCGGGCCAAAUCCCGCCAUCCCUCAGGCGAUGCCGAGCCCGCGUAUGGGCCAACAUCCGCCGCCUGGGCCACCGCAGGGUAUGCCGCAGAUGGCUCCUUGGGGCCCUUACUAUGCGUAUUCGUACGGAAUGCCGCCGCCUCAGCCCGGUACGGAGGGAAUGUACCCGUAUCCUCAACCUCCCACAUGGGGCAUGCCACCACAGGGCAUGCCGCCGCAUCACCAGCCUCAACCUGGCGCACCACCACAGGGCAUGCCCAUGUCCCCGCACAAACCUCCCUCUGCGUUGCAGACACCCAGCACGCCGACGCUCGCGCAUGCUUCGCCGGUGUCGCAACAUCCGCCGCCGCCACAGCCCAAUGUGACUUCGCCGCCGCCGACACCCAGCACAUCGAACAGCUCGAGGUUGAACGGCACUGCAAGCGCUUUCGUUCCCAAGAAGACGAUCUCGCUCAAGAGUGCCGACGGCAAACCCGUCGAUCUUGAUAAUCUGCGGCGGAAUGUCGGCCCAUCGCCCGUUAGCGCUGGCCCGCAGAGUCCGAGCGUGGGCAAGAUCGAGCACACACGGACGCCGAGUCGGCCGGUGGUGAGGAUGGAGACGCCCGAGCAGAAGAAGGCUCGUGAGGCGGCUGAGGAGGAGAAGGCGAAGAAGGAGCGCGAGGCUAAGGAGAAGGAGGAGCGGGCGAAGAAGGAGGCUGCUGAGAAGAGGGAGCGCGAGGAGAGGGAGAAGAAGGAGGCCGAGGAGAAGGCCAAGAGGGAGGCUGAGGAGAAGGUCAAGAAGGAGAAGGAGGAAGCCGAGAGGAAGGCGAAGGAGGAGGCCGAGGCGGCUGAGCGUGCGAAGAAGGAGGAAGAGGAGAGGAAGCGCAAGGAGGAGGAGGAAGCCGCUGCAAAGGCUAAGGCCGAGGAAGAGGCCAAGGCGAAGGAGGCCGCCGAGAAGAAGGCCGCUGAGGAGGCUUCCGCCGCAAAGGCAAAGGCUGACGAAGAGGCCAAGGCCAAGGCCGCCGCUGAACCCGCCGAGACGGAGGAAGGUGAGAUCGUCGAGGACAAGGAGAAGAAGGCCGACGACAAAUCCGGCGCUCUCCGUAUCGAGACUGCCCUUCCGUCCCCCGAGGCUCGUCGCCGCCCUGGCCCGCUCAACCUCAAGGAUGUCGGCAAGAACAUCCCCCAACCUCUUCCCUCUGCGCUGGCCACCGCUCGCAUCAUUGACGACAUCAGCUCGAUAGCCUACCCCGAGGGUAUCCAAAGCCCAAAGCUCGAGCUCAACGUCAAUGCCUCCAAGGGCAAGUUCAAGUACGACCGCGACUUCUUGCUCCAGUUUAUGGCUGUCUGCAAGGACAAGCCGGACAACCUUCCACCCCUCGACGCCAUUGGCCUCGAGCCCUCUGACCAGGCGUUCAGCAUGGCCCGUGGUGGAUCCGGUCGUCGUGCAUCGGGUAUGCAGACUCCCUCAUCGCGCUCGAACCCCAUCGGCCUUGGCUUCGGUCCUAUCGGCAAGGCCGGUAUGGGCAACUUCGCCAUGCCCGCUGGUGCUGCUAGCAAGCUCUCCAGCGAGGAACGCUUCGCAAUGGCGAGCCGUUCGGCUUCGACAAGCGGGGCCGGUAUGCCUCGCGCUGGUGCACCGCCACUCUCCCGUACCUCAAGCCAGGGUGGACCCGGCGGCGAUCGCCGUAGGACUCGCAGCUCGCGCGGACAUGCUCGCGACAACAACAGGCAGAGCACUAUCCAGCAGCCGCCCUCGAACAUGCAGCCACCGCUUGAACCCGUCGCACCGCUCGAGCAGACUGCCAACCGCUGGACGCCGAUGAGCACGAAGCGCAACGCACAGGUUGACAUGGACUCGCCCGAGGUCGUGGAUCGUAAGGUCAAGGCCUUGCUCAACAAACUCACGAUGGAGCGCUUUGACUCGAUCUCCGACCAGAUCAUUGAGUGGGCGAACAAGUCCGAGAAGGAGAAGGACGGCCGCACGCUUAUCCAGGUCAUUCGUCUCGUGUUCGAGAAGGCGACGGACGAGGCGACGUUCAGUGAGAUGUACGCACGCCUGUGCAGGAAGAUGAUGGAGCAGAUCUCGACGAAGGUCCAGGAUGAUGGUAUCUUGAACAACGAGGGCAAGCCGUUCGCCGGUGGACAGCUAUUCAGGAAGUACCUCCUCAACCGCUGUCAAGAGGACUUCGAGCGUGGUUGGGCGGCGAAGGACGCUGCUGCAGCUGCUGCCGCCGCCAAGGCUAGCGAGGAUGCUGCUGUCAAGGAAGCCGUGGACAAGGCCAAGGAAGGCGGCAAGGUUGGCGAGGACGGCGAGUUCGAGCUCUACUCCGACGAGUACUACGCCGCCGCCAAGGCCAAGCGUCGCGGUCUCGGUCUCAUCCGCUUCAUCGGCGAGCUGUUCAAGCUGCAGAUGCUUACGGAGCGUAUCAUGCACGAGUGUAUCAAGAAGCUGCUCGGCAACGUCGAGAACCCCGAGGAGGAGGAGAUCGAGAGCUUGUGCAAGCUGCUUGCGACGGUCGGAAGUAUUAUCGAUACGCCCAAGGCUCGCGCGCAUAUGGAUGUGUACUUUUCACGGAUGAAGGAGCUUGCGAAGAGCAAGAACGUCAACUCGCGUAUGACGUUCAUGUUGCAGGAUGUCAUCGAGCUGCGCGAGAACAAGUGGCAGCCCCGCAACAAGGUUGCGGCACCCACGACUCUCUCGCAGAUUCACGAUCAGGCUGCGAAGGAGAAGGCCGCUCAGGACAGCCAUGCGGCGAUGGCGCGCAACAACCCCAUGACCCGUGGUGGCUCGCGCCGCGGCGACAACCGCAACGACGGUCCUGUCAUCGGCCCCGACGGGUGGGCGAUUGCUGGUUCAGGCUCAGGCGCACCCCGCGCACCGCCCAAGGCCGGCGACCUCUCGAAGUUCGGCCAGAUCAACAAGCAGCAGCCGAUGACCUUCGGUCCCAGCGGCGUGUUCGCCAAGGGCAAGAAGGACGGUGCGGGCUCUGUUCGCGAGGGAAGCAUGUCGCGUACGGCGAGCGUCUCGAGGAACAUGUUCGAUAUGCUCUCUGGCGCGGAUGCUCCCGAGGCGCCCGUUGCCACCAAGUCCAGCAGGCCGCCGAGCCGCAAGCCGAGCGUUGAUCUCAGCCAGGCCGGCGCAUCCGAGACGCCGAUGCAGCGCCGCAAGCUCAACUUAUUACCGCGUAGCAAGCCGCUCGAGGAGGCGCCCAAGCCGGAGGAGGAAGGAACCGAGGAUGGUGAGGAGGCAGAGGAGGAGGCCGGGCCGAGUAUGUCCGAAGAGGAGGCGAAGCGCAAGAUUGGCGAGGACGUUAAGGAGUUGUUCCUCCUGCGGUCGCUUGACGAGGCCGAGAGCUACUUCACGAGCUUGCCCGCCGAACAUCGUGCUCUGCUCGUGGAUACGAUCUGCAUGAAGGGCAUCGACAGCAAGGCUGCGGAUGUACAGCUCAUCACCGACCUAUUGACGCGCGCAAACGAGAAGUCGCUUGCGAGCCUCGACGCUUUCGAGAAGGGUCUCGAGCAACUCGCCGAGCUCGUCGACGACAUAGCCAUCGAUGUACCGAAGGCAUUCGACAUCUUCGCCGACUGGUUGCGGGCCUCUGGUCUCGCAGCGGAUGAGGAGCGCAAGACGCGCAUCGCGGAGAAGUUGCCGGAGGGCAAGGACAAGCUCCUUGGCUUGCUCGCAUAG